AUGAGAUAGCAAUAAGCACAGCCUUAAUCUAGGAAACUCUCAGAGAAUCAAAACUCAAAUUCUUUCAAAAAGAUCAGACCUUAAACCAAUCUUAAAAAGCUUAAAUUUGAGGAUGAGAUCUUUAAAUUAGAUCCUCUGCAAGUAUUAGCUUCUGGAAAUCAAGCUGGCUCCUCACAUUAAGCAAAGUUGAAGUUCUUUUAUGGACCCUAUGAUAAUAACCCAUCAUCACUAGGGAAAAUAGAUCAAAAUACUACGGUAGAUAACCUUGUUUAGCAAAACAGUCAAAGUUCAAAUUAGUCACCUCAAUUUAAGCAGCAGUCAACAUUUAUUGCUGCUAGAAAUCAUAGUCUGAAGAAAUAAAAAGAGAGAAUUAAUGAAGAGCAAUUAUUUCAAGAAUUAUAAGAAUAUAUAAAGCACUAAUAGGAGAAAAAACACAUGAUAUUUGAUAAUAAUGAAGACCUCCAUAAAUUUAGAUGGUCUAUGAUAGCCAAAGCUAUUUUAAGUCCAGGGCACAAGCAACUUAAAGGCUUGAUUGAUAAACUACAAAAGAGAAGAAGGUUUGAAGAGUUUCUGUCUUAAUAGCUGAGAAAGAAAAAACGGAAGGUGAUAUCAUCUUCCAUUAAUUGCAUUAACAUCUAAAGCGUUAAUACUGGAAGUCGAUUAAACAAUAGUGGAUUGCCAAUUAAUAAAGAUUCAAGUUAAAUUCUAGGAGAAUCACUUAACAGCAGAAUAAAAAACUCGACUAUUGAUUCUAAGACCAGUAAUUUAUUAGGUUAAAAGGUAUUCAAAGGAAACUCUCUGUUUCCCAUAAAGGACUCAAUAUUCAAUGUCAGAAUGGCAAGGAUUUCACAUUAACCUAAAAACAACCCUGAUGAGCCCGAGCCAAAGCAGCCAAAGAUUGAAAGUCAAAACUGGAGAAAUGACUAUUCAUUUAAUAAUUCUGAUAAAAGUGCAAGCGGGUCAAGGAGUGAGCGAAAUUCUUUGAAUUCAUUGGAAGACUUAGAUGAUGAAGAUAGAAGUGAAGAUGAGCAUUCUAGGAAUGAGGAUGGCAAACUAAGACUUAAGCUAAAUAAGAAAAAGAAGAAAAGCAUGUUUAAUAAUGGAAGCAGGCAGCUGGUUAAAGUGAGGUCAAGAAGAAAUACUAGUUUUAAGGUCUCUGCAGGAAAUAAAGAAAAGUUUACAAGUCCCAGGAAUAAUAAAUUAAAGCUUUUAGGGUUGACUCCCAAGAUUUCUCAAACUAGCAAAGCUCUUGAUUUUAGUCACAGCAUUAAACAAGAUAGUCUCAAGCCAGAGAUUUCAAAUACAUAAAUUAAUGAUUAAUCUAUUACUGAAGAUGAAAACGAUGAAGAAAAGAGAGAGAUAGAAGUCAUAACCUUCAAGCAACCGAAGGCACGCAAACUUAUUAAUAAAAGAGUUGUCAUAAAUGAGGAAAUGGUUAUUAAGGAAGAGAUAUCCACUCCAAAGCCUAGCUAGCAAGGAUAAAUCAAACAUUAAAGACCAGUGUCUAGUAAUGUACAAUAUAGUGUGACGAAAGAUUCAAUUUAGAACUUAGAUACCUAAGCUUCAAGAAAUUUUAACUACUUACCAACCAUUGACUAUACCUAGAAUUCAUAAAGAACAACAACUGACUAUGAAGGUCCAUUCAAAUUUCUUGAAAAGAUUUAAAAACUGCUCUCGGAGUGUGAAAUUUCGCCUAGUCGUAAAAGUUUUGAUAUGAAUACGACACUUGUGUCUCAAAAAUUCAAUCUUACAUAAUAAAAUGGCUUCAUCAAUACUGCGAGAUAGCUCUCGAGUCUGCGAACUAUUGAAGACUAUUCUAGGAAGUUAAGUAGACAAGGCCACAUUACUGAGAGGUCAUAGAGCAAAAUGAACAAAUUCAGAAUGAAGUAGAGUGAAAUUGACAGUAUAAAUGCACCCUUGUUUAUGGAUGGCCAGAGCUAAAAAAUCAACAGACUCCUCAGUUUGACUAUAAAUCCAAAUGAGAGCAAGGAUAAGAAAUACUAGUAUCCUAAUUUGUUGCAAAAGAGACAUGCAACUUAUCUUGAUAGGAAAAAUAGAUAUGAAGAGCAUCUCACUAAAUCGAUGGCUUUUGUAUGA